AUGACUACUCUUCACUAUCUCCCUCCCGUCAAGCCCUCCGCCAUUGCGCUGGGUACCAUCUUCACCCACACUGCCUCCUUGGGAAUCCUCGCCCCAGUGUUUGGUGAUACCUACCACCGCGCCCAGGCUGCCAACUCCAAGGAAGAGUUCAUUAAAUCGAAGGAGGCUGCCGGUGCCGCCGCGGCUUGGGGCAGCUCCCUUGCGGGCAGUGCUGUCCAGACCUACGGUGUUGCUGCGUUGAUCAAUGCCACUGGUACUUUGAGCUAUAAGGGUGCUGCAUACCUAGGGACACUCAUUUUCUUGGCAACCUCUGCUCCGGGCGUUGUGGCCCAGGUUUUCUCGGAGAAGCGGCCCUUGGACACCAUUGCCGUGGGUGCCGUCUCGCGCGUCUUUGAGACUGUCGGACUCAGUUUGUUCCUCACCUGGUGGGGAACACGCACCCACCCCUUCGACUAA